CCUUUAAAGGCGUAAAAAAGUAGAUCACGUUCGACCGGGCCGGUAGAAAGUGAAACUUUGGAAGGUUGCUAUAAAAAUUGUUGCGCCCGCGCACCACAGAUCAGUGCGACCGCGGCAGUGGUGGUGGUGCCACGGAUAUCAUGCACACCAUACUCUUCGCGGCAUCAAUCGCGAUGGUUUACGCCAUGCCAUCCUACAUAGCGGUGCCGGCGGACCAAAUAGCCUUCGUUGACCUCACAGAAGUUAGAGCUAGAAGAGUCCCCAGACAGAGCCUACCGGAAGGCCUAUACCAGGAUAACUACCAUCCGAUAGCGUUGCAGAAUUAUAAACAAGGCACUGUAGCCCUCUUGCCACCUCCCGCGCCAAAAGCUAGAUUGCAAGCUAAACCACAAGAUGAUGAGACGAGUCCAGCAGCUGCAGUAGCUCAAAUUGCGGAAAGACCACCAGACUUUGGAGAAUAUGUAGAUUUCGGAGCACAUACAGGAGAUAACGGUGCUUUUGGGUGGUAUGCAGAUUACCCUGUUAGAAAAUAGAGAUCGUAGAAUAGAUAGAGAUAGUAAAGUAUUAAAAAGAUAGUGUCUUCAAAGUAUUAUUUGUUAUGAACACGGACACUUUGUAGAAAUUUUAGAAAAAAUGCUAUAUUUUAGAUUUUUUAAAUAUUAUUCUUGCCGAUUUAUUUUCAUUCGGCAUAUUAGAACUCGUUUUACCAAAGACAGCUGAUAUAGAAAUAAUAUUUAAAGCCGAAUUGCCGCACAUUUGUUUUAGACGGUCAAUUCCGCUUUACGAGUUUAUUGUUGUAAUACUUAUUAUAUUAAUGAAGUUCCUUAUUAAGUUAACAAAGAACACUGUGAUAUACGACACCAAGGUAGUUCAAACACCAAAAACAUGUCUUCCGAUUUUACUUAGAUACUUUUGUCUUAAUAAUAUGUUUUACCUUCUGGAUUUAUAUACUUAUUUAUGUAACUACUUUUUAAAAUUAGUCUGUGCUCACUAGCAUCUAUGUCUCUUACAAUGCAUUUCUUUCUAUACCUAUUUAUAACUGCUUACUGUCUAUCGCUUUGGCUUAAUACUACCUUUUUACUAUUCUUCUUUUUUCUCUUCUUGCCCUUUUGUGUCUAUCCUUAACAAUUACUUGAAAAAUUUCAUAAAAUCAAAGUGUCUCUAUAAAAUAACUUCUGCUAAAUUUCUAGUUA